AUGGCCAUUAAUCAACCGUCCGGUCAGAUUCGGCUGACAAAUGUCUCCAUCGUCAAGAUGAAACGUGGAGGCAAGCGCUUUGAAAUCGCUUGCUACAAAAACAAGGUGAUGGAGUGGCGUAACAAAAUUGAGACGGAUUUGGACGAGGUAUUGCAGAUUCACAGUGUGUUUACGAAUGUUUCGAAGGGUCUGGUUGCGGGUAAACAGGAUUUAAAAAAGGCUUUCGGAACCGACAACCAGGACGAGAUUAUUUUGGAAAUUUUGAAGAAGGGCGACCUUCAAGUCGGAGAAAAGGAGCGCAACUACCAGUUGUCGUCAAUGUUCCGCGAUAUCGUGUCUCACAUUGCUUCAAUGUGCAUGAACCCGAAUACCAAACUUCCUUACCCCUCAACCAUCAUUGAGAAGGCCCUCACUGACAGCGGUUUUUCGGUGUCUACGUCCAAAAACGCAAAAUCGCAAGCUCUGGAAGCCAUUAAGAUGCUUCAGCAAAAAAACGUGCUUCCGAUUGAGCGUGCUCGUAUGCGUGUGAGCAUUGUUACGAGCGUCAAGGAGGGUAAGGCGCUUCGUGAUCGCCUGAAGGCAAUGGCAGACGAGGUGGAGGAGGAAAACAUUGAUGAUGAGUACGAGCUCGUAGUCGUUGUUCAGCCAGGCGCUUACAAAACCAUUGAAGAACUCAUUCGCAACGAGACAAAGGGUCGCGGAAUGGUCCAGGUCCUUCAUUAA